GAGAGCGCGGAGUAGCGAAAGCUCGGGAGUCAUCCGCAAGACUAAGCGCUGCUCUGGACGUCAGCAACCCCGCAAAACAUCCCGGACCACAGUACUGAGGCAAAGGAAAAGAAAAAGAGAGUGAAGAAUGAGAAAACAAGAAGAAAGAAAUUUAAGAUAAUGGUGACAUCUUAUCCGGGUGCUGUUGAUGUCUUUUUCCUUUCUCUGACAGCUCCAAGUGUGGAUCUCACAGCGCGCCAGGAGUGACUUCUAGACAUCUUUCCACUCUGGGUCCAUCUCGUUCUCCUCGUCCUUUUAACGAUUUCUAAUAAUCAUUUAAAUGUCCGGACAUUUUUUGGAUGUCAGAGUUGUGGUAAGACGUGCCCCCGUUUUAGUAUCCACUAACUCCUCAGGGCAAGAGUGAGAGGAAUAAAAAGCUCAGUGAUUGAUUUCAAACGCAGCGCACGCAUCAGUAACUAAGAGCGCACCCACGUUGCUCCGCUUGAAUUGUGAAGGAUCCACAGCAGAGCAAGUGCACAGUCAGGCGGAUAGGCGUGAAAAGACGGAAGGACAGGUCUCGAGCUUCGGAGGUUUGUUCAUGUUUGGGAUUCAGGAGAGCAUCCAGAGAAGCGGCAGCAGCCUGAAAGAGGAGCCGCUGGGAGGCAUGAACGUCCGGAGCUGGAUGCAGGGGGGCGGCGUGCUGGACGCCAACACGGCGGCCCAAAGUGGAGUGGGUCUGGCCCGGGCUCACUUUGAGAAGCAGCCGCCCUCCAAUCUGCGCAAGUCCAACUUUUUCCACUUCGUCCUGGCUCUGUACGACCGGCAAGGCCAGCCGGUGGAGAUCGAGAGGACCAACUUCGUAGACUUCAUUGAGAAAGAGAAGGAAACAAGCGGAGAGAAGACCAAUAACGGGAUUCAUUACCGGCUGCAGCUUCUUUACAGUAACGGCAUCAGAACAGAGCAGGACUUUUAUGUUCGACUCAUAGACUCUAUGACUAAACAGCCGAUUGUUUACGAAGGCCAAGACAAGAACCCAGAGAUGUGCAGAGUGCUUCUGACCCAUGAGAUCAUGUGCAGUCGAUGCUGUGACAAGAAGAGCUGUGGAAACCGUAAUGAGACACCCUCAGACCCCGUUAUCAUCGACAGAUUUUUCCUCAAGUUUUUCCUCAAGUGCAACCAGAACUGUUUAAAGAAUGCAGGAAACCCCCGAGACAUGAGGAGGUUCCAGGUUGUCGUAUCGACUACAGUGAGCGUAGAGGGACAUGUCCUAUCAGUCUCUGAUAACAUGUUUGUCCACAACAACUCCAAACAUGGUCGACGGGCCCGCAGGCUCGACCCUGUGGAGGGAACACCAUCUUACCUAGAGCACGGAGCAGCUCCCUGUAUUAAAGCCAUCAGCCCCAGUGAGGGCUGGACUACGGGGGGCGCUACAGUCAUUAUCAUAGGAGACAACUUCUUUGACGGCCUCCAAGUUAUCUUCGGCACCAUGCUGGUUUGGAGUGAGCUGAUUACGCCACACGCCAUCCGGGUACAGACGCCUCCCAGACACAUCCCUGGGGUUGUAGAGGUCACUCUCUCUUACAAGUCCAAGCAGUUCUGCAAAGGCACACCUGGAAGGUUCAUAUACACAGCAUUGAAUGAACCAACCAUCGACUACGGCUUUCAGAGGCUUCAGAAGGUCAUCCCUCGGCAUCCUGGGGAUCCAGAGAGGCUGCCAAAGGAAGUUAUUCUGAAGAGAGCAGCAGACCUAGUGGAAGCCCUCUAUGGACUGCCUCAUAAUAAUCAGGAGAUCAUCCUGAAACGUGCAGCAGAUAUCGCAGAAGCUCUCUACAGUGUUCCAAGAGGACACAGCCAGCUCUCUGGCUCAACUCACACCGGCAUGAUGGGAGUCAAUUCCUUUACUGGGCAGCUGUCCGUCAACGUCUCUGAGCCUUCCCAAGCCAAUCAGGGGUUUGUGCGCAGCAGCAGUAGUGUAUCACCUCAUGGUUACGUGCCCAGCACGACACCUCAGCAGACCAGUUACACCUCAGUGACAAGCACCAUGAAUGGCUAUACAAACAACACUGGCAUGACCAACCUCGGAGGCUCACCCACUUUCCUCAAUGGCUCUGCAGCCAACUCGCCUUAUGCUAUUGUUCCAUCCAGUCCCACUAUGGCCUCUUCAACAUCUCUACCCUCCAACUGCUCUUCCUCUUCUGGUGUCUUUUCCUUCUCCCCGGCCAACAUGGUGUCAGCGGCUGUUAAGCAGAAGUCUGCCUUUGCACCAGUUGUCAGGCCCUCAUCCUCCCCUCCGCCCUCCUGCACCAGUGCCAACGGCAAUGGACUCCAAGAUCAAACAUUUGUGGACUCUAGCAAGUACUCAACAGCCAGCUCUCUACAAGGCCUGGCCUUCACCUGAACAAUCCCAGGAAUGAUCGUCCCAUCCAUGUAAAGGUGUGAGUGCAUGAUUUUGUGUGUGUGUGUGUGUGAGAGAGAGAGAGAGAGAGAGAGAGAGAUGAACCAAGCACACUCUUGCCUAUCCUGUUGGAGGAUUUGUGCAACUCAGACUCCGGUCGGGGAUAGAAGCAGUCAUCCUGAUCUGAAGGAACAAACUCAACUCAGGCCCUUUCUAACACAAAACAACUUCAAGUAAAACACAAGAAGAACAAAAAAGACUGUUUGCAAGAAAAUAAGUUGUUAAGACUUUGUACACCAUAAUGCUUUUAUAGGAGAACGGCCACACCUACAUCAUGACUCUCCAUGGACACAAAAAGUAUGUUUAUUUUGGAGAGAAUUCACUUCCUCCCUUGAGUGAUCAAAUUCUUUUUAGUUGUUUUUUUUUCUUUCUUUCUUGCUUUCUUUUUUUUUUGUGCAAAAGUUAACGUGUGAUAAGCAUCUUUUAACUGUAACCCUCAUGAUGGGUUGUCUAUUUAUAAAGUUUUGUCUUUAAUGAAGGAAUAUAAUGUGAAGAAGACCUGGUGAGUCAAAAAGAUGAUUCGCAGGGUCAGGUCCAGCCAACACAGACAAGCCAAACCAAACACACACUUUCACCUCUCUUUGCCAAAUGCACACCCUCAUCACUCUUUCUUCAACAGCUCUCAGACUGCGAAUCCUCCUCUGCUUUUAAUCAUUCAGCUGAAGGAGUCAGGUGCUUCCCGCCUGCACCUGAUGCUGCAGUUUUAUCCAUUCAUAACUUCCCUCUGUUUAUUUUGAGCUUGCUGCUGUACUUUUUAGAACACGUGAAUGAAUCUUUUCACUUGAUACAAGUUGCUGAGAGAAAAUAAAGUCCCAGAAUUAGGCUUCUUCCAUUGCUAAUUCAAGUUAGACUGUAAGAGGAUAACUAAGUGAAAAAAAAUGCCAUAGAAGAAUGCAGCUUCAUUUAUCAGGAGAGUGUGAUUACUGGAUGCAAACAGCAGCACUAUUUGACCCAAAAACAGUUUCUUUCGCUGCAUCAGGUUUAAAGUCGGCUACAGCCACAUUUGUAAGAGUGUAAACAUGUCUUAAAGGACUGCUGCCAUUUUUUGCGUGUGUUUGCAUUAGUGUGUAGAAGAAUUUUUUAAAUGUCUCAACAGAUAUAUUCUUUUUUAUGUUUGUGGUGUUAAUAAUAUUUUACUGUGAUAAGCUGGCCAAUUAGAUCAUAAUUCUUCUUGUGCCUGUCCUCUGAUCGGGGUUGAUUGGUAACAUGAGCAGGAAAACUAACUGAUGGUAUGUCUUACAAACUGUGUUGCAAAAAAAUGCCAAAUAACUUUGAGUGAUGUAGAGCACUUAUCCCUGCUGUCAGGUCCAAAACACAAAAAUGUUUACAUUCAAAAUAGCUAAAUUAAGUCCCAGAACUCAGAAUUUUACUUGAAGACUGUUGUGGGACUAAUGUGAGUCAUUUUUCUUGGAGUAAAUUUUUGACUUAAGGCUUGUUUUCACUUUCACUUUCCAAUUACCUUAAAAAUAUGCAAAUUAACAAAUAUAAAUAAAGAAAACAUUGACACAACUAAUGUACAUGACAGCCAUUUGUCAAAGAUAUACAAUAAAUUUACAUUUUUAAUGAAGAAAAAAUAUUGAACCUUAAACUAAAACCAAAUUUCUUUCAUACCCAAAUCAGAAAUGUUCAUCUUAAUGGAUUUGCUGCUCUGAUGUUUUCAUUUAUUUUGAAUGAUUUUUUUUUUUUUCUGGUUCAAGAAACAGAUGUAUAAUGUUCGGUGAUUUGUAAGUAAACAAGGCAUUUUUGCAGCACAGGACAUUUGGCUUUGACAUGUCUUUUUAAAAAAGGGGGAAAAAUACUGCCUAAAUUGUGACAGUCUAUUGUAAAAGUCUUUCAGCCCAGCAGUGUGUGUUGCUCAAGAGUCUUAACUGAAUAAUGAUGAUGCUAAUUUUGCCAAAUCCAGGAUUUGGGACACUUAAUGCUUCAAGAGUUCUAUACCGCUGUGGUCUUUUACAUAACUUUGCUUGUCAUAUACUCAGAAAUAGCAUGGUUGCCAUUUCAUGCAUCUGCCACACUUAUAUAAAACAUCCUUUUCAGAUCUGCAGCAGGAUGAGCUCACAAAGUCAGCAGUCAAUGAAUGAAAUUGCAUUUAUGGAAUAAACAGGUAUUUUUAAUGACAGAAACUGGUAACAAGCGGAGGAUCUGUCUCAUUUAUGCAGAAAUCAAAAACUGGGAUAAAAGAAAAUUGACAUUUUCAGUACUUUGGAAAACAUAUUUUAAUAGUUGAAAAAGAAACUGUUUAAGGAAACAAAAUGAAAACCCAGAAAACUUGUCACAUGUUAAGAUUUGAAUGUUAUCAAGAUAUCUUUUGUGUUUUCUUUUUUUAAAUGUAUAGUGUCUGUUAAAAGCCACACUCCCAUUGUUAACUCCAAUCAAACUAAAACAAGCCAUGACUUUUUUUUUUUUAAACCAAGGAGGUGUGAGAAUAUUUUUCAUUUUUUUCAUGGUGUAUCAUACUUGUUCAAUUUAGCACCAUUUUGUUGCAUUAUUUAGAUGUAGGAUUUCUAAAUAUGUCAUUAUGAUCAUGUGUGUUUGUCUUCCAUGUAAUGGACUUUAGGAUGGAACAAAAUUGCUCAAUGAAGGCUAAAAGAGAUGAAGAAAACAUUUCCCUCCUUUUGCUCCCCUUCUCUUUUCCUAAAAAAAAUUGAGUCACCUGUUUAUUCUAUCUCAAUCAUGGGCAUAGAGACCACUCAUCUGUUUGCGUGAGAGUGCCUGUGAGCGCGGUUGUGUUAUUCAUUAUUUUUCCCUCUGACAAAAGGUGGUGUUGGAAGUUGAAGGAUGUUUUUUUUUCAUAUAUGAAUACUUGUACAGGAAAGAGUAAAUAGUAAGUUUUGCUUAAGGAAAGAAGAUCCAGAGCACUUGUCUAACAGUAAAUUCAUUUAUCAUGGCUUGUCUGCGUUCAGGCUUACAGUGGUGAGCAUGGUUCACACAUUCACAUUAACAGCAGUGUGAAGAAGAGGACAGAGGAAACUACUGUAAGGAUGAUGAUGUUGAUUUUGUAUUAUUUUGAACUUUGAAUUGUAAGAUAACUUUUUUGACUCUCACUAUAUUUAAUUAAAGUUCUUUCAUCUCUGUGAAAA